UGAAUGAUAUGAUUGAUAAACUUGGUCAUCAGUCUGUGGAGGUGAUCAGGGAGGUUUUAACAGACAUGCAGAGAACUGAUCUGGUGCAGAGGCUGUCAGAGAGCAGCUCAGGACUCAAAGCUGCAGGAUCAUCAGCUGAAGGAUUUGAUGUGGAGGAAACAGAGAAAGAGAAACACUCUGAGGAUGAACGUUGGCCUGCACUGAUCCACAAAGUAGAAACGAUGGAGUCUGUUAUUGAGCUGCUGCUGGAAACUCUGGAUGGUCUCAAUGAGCGAGAGCUACAUGAGUUCAAUAAGAACCUGCGACAAAUUCAUCUUCACAAAUAUUACUCAGUCUUCUCAUGGAUGCCAUACAAGUGGAGAAACCUGCAGGACACAGUGUUUCUGAUGGUGCAGACUUACGGCCAACAGUCAGUGGAGAAGACCAUGGAGGUCUUAAAGGAGAUGAAGAGGACUGAUCUGGCUCAGAGGCUGUCAGACUGCAGCUCACUGCCUCGAAAGAAACACUCUGUGGAUGAACGACGCUCUGCACUGAUCCACAAAGUGGCAACAAUGGCAGCUGUUAAACAUCUGCUUUUAGAAACUUUGAAUGAUUUGAGUGAUGAGGAGCUCAAGAAAUUUAAAAGCCUCCUGCAGACGAUCAUUCCUUGGAGGAAUCUGUCAUUCUUCUCAUAUAGGUUGAGUCCAUCAUCAACCAGAGCAGAUAUAAUGAAUCUGAUGGUGGAUGAAGUUGGUCAUCAGUCUGUGGAGGUGACCAGAGAAGUUUUUAUGCACAUGAACAGAACUGAUCUGGUGCAGAAGUUACCAGAGAGCAGCUCAGCAUCCAGAGAGAAACACUCUGUGGAUGAACAUGGAGCUGCACUGUUGAAGAGAAUAGAAGAACAGGAAGCUGUUAGACAGAUUCUCUUGGAAACACUGAAUGAAUUCAGUCAAAAGGAUCUCGAGAAAUUUAUUCUGUUGCUGCCGUUCACGUGCUUUAAGAUGAGCCUGCCACAAACAAAGAGGUACUGGUGUCAAAACAGGACAGAAGACCUUGUGAAUCUGAUGGUGGAUAAACUUGGUCAUCAGUCUGUGGAGGUGACCAUGGAGGUUUUAACAGACAUGAACAGACCUGAUCUGAUGCUGAGGCUGUCAGAGAGCAGCUCAGGACAAAAAACUGAAAGAAGUUCAGAGCUUGAAGGUUGUCAGAGCCUGACGCAGGACUGCAGUGAUUGGACUAAACUUGAACCUGAGGUGAACAGUACAGAUGCAGACGAGGCUCCAACUUACAGCCUUCAGUCUGCAGCAGGACACUUUGAAUGCAGAGUCUCGGGCUUGCGCUGGGUCUGUAAGGGAAAGACCAGCUUUCAGUACCAGUUUAGAUCUUGGGAGGGACACAUGGAGAGGAUGGAGAGCAGACAAUACAUGCCUGCAGGUCCUCUGAUGGACGUCACAGUCACUGCUGGGAAGUUAAAUGAAGUUCACCUGCCACACUGGAUCUGCAUCGAUGACAUCCCUGACAUAUUGGACACGUUUGCAGUCCUUCACAUAGAUGACUGUGGAGAUGUUGUGGAAAAAGUGUCUGAGGUCACACCAACACAUGUCAAGUUAACUGAACCGAUUUUCUCUCCGAGAGCGGUCCUGGUGAAACUCGGCGUUCCUGUGAAAAUCGGCUGCAACGUGUUGAUAUAUCAGACCAACACAGCUUUCCUCACACUGCAUGUUUAUCUGAUCCCACGUGAUCCUGGGCUACAGCAGGUAAUGAAGCAGAGGGAAGUGCCCCAUGGAUACAAAGCUAUCCUGAAGCCAGAUCCAGAGAAGUCCUUGAAAAUUCUUGAUCGUUUCACACUAACAGCAGAUGUGGAUGGUGCAGAAAUCUGUCCUGAAGAUUUAAAGCUCAGAUAUCCAAGUGGAAAGCCAAAUUUCUUUGAAGUUUACACUGAAAAUCCAGAUGGAAACUUCCACCUUAAACUCACAUCAAAAAAAGAUCUUCAGCCAGUAUGGACCUGUACAGUUCGAAAAGCCGAAUACCAAAGCACUGAUCAAGCACAAGCUGCAGGAUCCUCAGUGGGAGCAGCUGCUGUCAGCUCUCAGUCGGCUGAGGAAAACACUGUGGACAAACAUCUGUCUGCACAGAUGCAGAAAGCAUUAACAGUCCACUCAGACAGAGAGAAGCUUUUGGAAAUGUUGGAAGAUCUGAAAAAGGAGGAGCUUGAAAAGUUCAAGUGGUUCCUGCGGGACCGUGAUGUUUUGGUGGAGCUCCAACCCAUCCCAGAGAGCAAACUGGAGAAGGCCAGCACCUGUGACCUGGUGGACCUGGUGGUGCAGACCUACACAGAAAAGUCUGUGGAGGUGACCAAGAAGGUUUUUAGGAAAAUUAACAGAAAUGAUCUGGUGCAGAAGUUAUCAGACAGCAGCUCAUGAUGCAAAGUCUGGUUUGGAGUGAAGCCUGAAUGAGAAAAGUUUCCAAGGUUAGAAGUUACUGAGGAACAUCAUGACCUGCAUCUGUUACUGCCAUGUUUCUCACAUUUUAAGAAGUUUUGACGACUGCUUUGAAGAUAAACUGGAGAAUUUUAUACUUUUUAAUCUUUAAUAUCCUGCUUUAAUCAUUGUUUUGUGUUUUUUAAUUCCCUUUUAAGCACGUCACUAAACAUUUUAUAUUGGCUUUCUACUAAAUAUAGCCACAUAAAUACAAUUGUUCUUUAUCAAUUAAAUAUUUUUUCGGAUACAUCAGGGAGCAACAUUGGUGUCUAUUAACUAUUUGCUGUCAGAAACUCGUUCAAUUUUUAACAUUUUAAAAUCUGUAAAAACACGUCUUUCAUGUUUAUACGGUGAAACUUUUGCUGGAAUGAAGCGGCCUAAAAACAAUGAAACAAUGUACAAUGAAGAUCACUCAGUAAGAUGAUUGCUGUGCUUUUGUAUUUUAAGAGAUGAGAUGUUCAGGUCAGUCUUUAUUUUCCUACAGGAUCAUUUUGAUUUGCAGCAUCAGUCAGUCAAACUGAAAUAUCACAAAAUGAGAAAGAUCAACACAUAAAUAACAGUAAGAAUGAGGAAUAGUUAAAUGAAUGACUAAAAGUACAUUAAAAUGAUGGAAGCAGUCAAUAAGAAACGUUACAAACAUCAGAAAUGUCAGACCGGGAUCGGACGGCUUUAUUUACACAGAACUGGAUGUUUCCUGACUCUGAGGACUUUAUUCGUCUAAGGAAGAAACUCAGACUGUUCCUAAAUGUGUCCUUAUAUUUUGACUUGUACGUACAAAUUUUUAUAUGGUGUAAUUGCUAUUAAAGACUCCU